AUGGAAAAGAAAGUCUCAAGCGACUCCCCCGACUCGUCCCGUGCCGAGCACGUCCCCGAGCUCGGCGGCCGGCGGCAGUCUGUCGCGCACAACAUUAUCCAGAACCCGCUCAAGCGCAAAACAGAGCAGGACGUCGUCCGGGACGCGGAGCAGUGGGCCCGCACGCACGGCAUGGACGCCGACGCGGCGCUCUUUGGCCGGGCGGCGCUCGUCGCGCGGGACCCGGACCGCUUCGAGCACAUGCCGCCGGAGCAGCUGCCGGCGGACGAGCGCGCGGCGCUCGCGUACGAGCGCGACCACAAGUGGCACGGCCCCAAGAUGCUCUGGUACUCCAUCAGCCUGUGCGCCAUUGGCGCCGCGACGCAGGGCUGGGACCAGACGGGCGCCAACGGCGCCAACCUGUCCUUUCCCGAGGAGUUUGGGCUGACGGGCGAGGGCCGCGACGAGUGGAUCGUCGGGCUGAUUAACUCGAUUAUUUUCCUGACCGCCGGUCUCAUUGGCGCAUUCAUCGUCGACCCGCUGAAUCACUACCUCGGCCGGCGCGGCGAAAUCUUCCUCACCGCCGCGUGCCUGACAGCCACGCCCAUCGGGUCCGCGUUCGCCACGAGCUGGCAGGGGCUCUUCUGGGCGCGCUUCGUCAUGGGCAUCGGGAUCGGGGCCAAGAACGCGACCGUGCCCAUCUACUCGGCCGAGAUGGCGCCGCACCGUAUCCGGGGCGCGCUCGUCAUGUUCUGGCAGCUGUGGGUCGUCGUCGGCAUCUUCCUCGGGUUCUGCGCCAACGUCAUCGUCAAGGACGUCGGGCGGAUCGCGUGGCGGCUGCAGUUUGGGUCCGCCUUUAUCCCCAGCUUCCUGCUGCUGCUCGGCAUCUGGUUCUGCCCGGAGUCGCCGCGGUGGCUGAUGAAGCACGGGCGCUUCGCCGACGGGUUCCGUUCCAUGCGUAGGUUGAGGGCGCACGAUGUUGUCGCGGCGAGGGACUACUACUACUCGUACGUCAACUACGAGGAGGAGAAGAAGGCGGCGCGCGGCGCGGGGUACUUUGCGCGCUUGAGGGAUUGUUUUGUCGUGCCGAGGAUUCGGAGAGCGAAUUACGGCGCGUCGACGGCGAUGCUGGCGCAGCAAAUGUGCGGCAUUAACAUUAUUUCGUUCUACUCGUCGUCCAUCUUCACGAGCGUAGGGUACACGGCGACGGAGGCGCUGUAUGCGUCGUUGGGAUACGGCGCUGUGCAGGUCGUCUCGACCAUCCCGACGCUGUUCCUGAUUGAUACCAAGGGCCGUCGGACGUUGCUGACGAUUACAUUCCCGCUAAUGUGCAUCUUCCUCCUCGCUGCUGGGCUGUCGCUGCUGCCGAAUGGCGCUUAUCAGAUCCUGCCGCAGGGCGACCAGAACCCCGCGAACGAUAUGCGGUCAAAGGGCGCUCGAAUUGGGCCGGUGGCUAACGAUGCAUUAUCAGGUUCAUCUAUCUACCUGUUCACCAUCUGCUACUCUCUUGGCGAGGGCCCAGUGGCCUUUCAAUACUCGGCCGAGGUAUUCCCCACGAUCCAGCGUGAGCAGGGAAUGGCGUGGGCCGUUUGCAUCAAUAAUACGUUUGCGGGCAUUCUGGGUCUCACCUUUCCACGAAUGAAGACGGUCAUGACUGCGACGGGAGCUUUUGGGUUCUACGCUGGUCUGAACCUGGUAGCAUGGUUCAUGGUAUUUUGCUUUGUGCGCGAGACAAAGCAGCUCACUCUGGAGGAGAUUGAUCAGGUCUUUUCGGUCCCGACCAAAACGUUUCUCCGUUACGAGUUGAAGGAGCAGGUGCCGUGGUUCAUCAAGAGAUACAUCUUUUUCAACAAGAGCGCUCCUCGCCCACCUCCCGUCUUUGAGCAGGAGGGCAAGUCGUAUAGGGACUAG